CACUGAAAGAUUAAAGAUUGCUUUGAGACAAGAGCGGUUGUUGCCAGGUGUCAUAAUGGCAAACGAGAAAGACAUAUUUACAAAACUGGAGCAGCUCUGCCAAUCAGGGGAGCCAAGGGUUAUAGAGGCAGUACGGACUCUUCUUUCCCUCAUUCCUAUUAAUCAGAAGGUUCUUGAGGCUCUUGAGGUUUUUGUUCACCCAAUAUCAACUGAAGGAGCUUCAGAGGAUACUCGUCUCCCUCCGACUCCAGCAGCUGUCCUCUCAGAUUUUUACGAUGCAUCAAAAGUCUCUCCUACACAAUUACUGUAUAACCUUGAGGUACGUGCAUGUUUAUGGGCAUAUGUGUGGGUUUUAAAAUAA